GAUAUGCGGAAGUAUGCAUUUGCCUCUUCCACUUACAUUGAACAAAUCGAUUUAGAUAUAAAUCGAACUUUCCGAUCAACCACCUUCUUCAAUGAGGCCUUCGGUCCGCGUCAGCAAGUCCUUUUCCGAAUUCUUGCUGCUUACUCCAUGUACAACACAGAGGUUGGCUAUUGUCAGGGAAUGAGCGACAUCGCAGGAAUGCUUCUAAUCUACAUCAUGGAUGAAGAGGAGGCUUUUUGGGCAUUUGCUCAACUACUCGACAGUCCCCGUCACAAGAUGCAUUGUCUCUUCGUCCGCGAUUUCCCUGGUCUUCGCAGAUACUUCACUCACCACGAACGUGUACUCAAGACUCAUCUGCGGAAAAUUUGGAAACAUUUCCGCAAGGAACAGGUUGACACCUCCACCUACGCCCUUAAGUGGUACAUGCAGUGCUUCUUGGGCAGGCUACCAAUAUCUCUUACUCUUCGAAUUUGGGAUAUCUACCUACUUGAAGGCGAGAAGGCUGUGGUUGCCAUGGCCUAUAAUAUCCUUAAGAUGCACAAACAGCGCCUACUACGUAUGGAUCAGAUGCAGAUUUUUACCUUCCUUCAGGAUGAGAUUUCAAAAGAUUUCGGUUUCACCGAUGACGAUGUCAUUGACUCGCUUAAGGACUGUCUGGAAGAUCUUCGGCGUUCUAACUUGGAGACGCCACCACCCCUAAAACUCGAUUUGAUGUCUUUCAGUCAAAAACGUGAAGUCCCUCCUGAUAUUUGGCAGUUUAGACUUCACAGUCAAGCAGAAGAAAAUGAGUCUCAUAAAGCUCCUGACAUGCUGCCAACCAAGCCUAUGGGUCAGCCAAUGGCUAUCUGGGAAGUUCGCCAUUCAGAUGAAGAGGAUCAGUGUAAGAAGGAGCAACAACAGGAUGUAUCUCGAAGUCAGAAGUCGAAAACGGACGAUUCUGGAGUUGGAACAAAUAUCACAGAGAAGGAUGGCGUUUUAAGGUCGGAUCAUCCGAUUUCUAGUGACGUUACCGCCGGCGAUGCAGCAAAACCCGAUAUUCGACCGCUUAAGCACGUGAUUUCAUCGAGGUCGACAGCAACUGGAUCAAGUUUCCAGCAUUCGCCGCUUUCAAUGGAUUCGCGUCGUCGUCGUCGUCUGCGAGGAAGUCAACAGUCGGUGAAUUCCACACUUUCCGUCGUCACUUCUCCUCAAAUCUCCACGGACACUGCCUCCGUUUCUAGUGUAAAUCCACAGCACCAUCACCACCACAGUCUUCCCAAACGACAUAAUGUCUCCUGUGCGCCAAACACCACUCCAAAUGAAAGUAAUAAUACUAGUAGUAGAAAUAAAUCCACUCCCACUUCUCUUCGUCGUGUCAAGAAUGGCAAGCGGCAUUCGCCAAUCCAAACAUUCAACUUCACUAGAGCUGAUCCUGUAACCCCUCAGGACUCAGAAAACGUUUGGUUUGUUCCCUCUGGAACUGGCUACGCCAAUAACUCUGCAAUCUACCGUGUUGUUGAUCGAAAGGAUGCGAAGAGGCACAAUCCGAAUGAUGACCUCAACUUGCCCCCACGGGAUUAUAAAAAUGAAGAUUGCGAUUUGAAUUCCCCUUGGUUGCAAGCUAAGCCUCCCCCACAUUCUCAUCAUAAGAGUCGUCAAGGUGCUCCCUCUAAUGAGAACGCUGUGAUAGUUAUUCACCCCACCGUUUCGUCCGACGAUCCCUCCACAGAAAAUCGGGAAUCCUCACCUUUAUGGACAAAGAAUCCCUCCCACUCUUCGUCCCCUCCCCAACACCAAAGUAGUGUCACAAAAAUUGGAAACGCUGAAGUCUAUGCAAUCAAUGUACAGCGACCAGUAAGUAGUGGUUGUGGACCAGCGUUUCUGCCUAAAGGUGGCAAUUCUCCUUCCAUAGUCUUCCAUACUGCCCGCGGCGGUGGCGGUGGCGGUGGCGGCGGAGAAAUUCGGUGGAGUGUCCAUGGAGCCAUCUCCGCUCUCCCCUAUGAGAUGCCACCGCGUGCUUGCUCGCCUCUCUACUCCCCCUCCUCUUCACCUAGAUCAUAUCAAUUCCAGCAAUAUCAGUAA